AAAAAAAAAAAAAAAAAAAAAAACGAGUUCCUAGUUUUCAGAGAGAACGUCGAAAAGCUCUCUUCCGUGAAGCACUUUAAAUUCCAAGACGGAAGGAAUAGAGGAUGGACUGACAGAAAUAGAGGAUGUUGCACGUUGAAUAAUUAUACGUUCGUCCGGAGGCGAGAGCCACUUUACUUUGAUCGAGUCUGUUUCGUUAUUCGAGGAGUCGAAUGAGAUAAAGACAGGAGAAAACGUGCAUUUAUUCAGACUGGUUAAUUGGAUAGUAUUUUUAAAUUUUUUUUUUUUUUUUUUUUCUUUGGACGUUUUCGUUACGUCGACGUGGUGGGUGACGUAUCUGUCAGUAGAGGCUAAUCUUAUACAGCGAAUGGUAUUAAAAGUUUCAUCUGGUUCCAGGUAUAUUUGGUACGACUGUACGUUGCUCCAAAUUUAUAUUGUGCUAAUUAUACCUUGGGACGCUGCUCUAACGUAUGGUUUGUCACCUUACGAGAAACGAGCAAACUCGAUGGUAACUAAACUCGAUAUUCCAGAUUCAUUUGUGCACUUCGAUAAAUUCAACUGAAAAGAAAAGUGCUCGUACAAGAGUGUGAUAGUUAAUUGAUAUUAUUAUUAAUCUUUUUUAAAUAAUUAAUAAAAAGAAGCGCUUGGAUCUUAAGAAAAGUGACUCCUCUACGAUACAAGAGUCUAUUUUAUAAUUUCGAUACGUAAUAUCGAUACGACAAGAGAUUCUGAAAUCGCUUGAACACAGUAUAACACUGAUGCUGAAAAUAGAUGACGGAGACGCAGUAUCGCAGAAUUGCCGUCUUUCCGCGAGCAACUAUGUAAUAUAUGUACGGAUUUGUGAAAUACUCUCCGAAAAUAUUUUCGUUCGCAUCGAGGGCGUUCGAUCAAUUUUUAUAACAAAUUACGUAAUAAAAAGUGGCCAACGGAUCGUCGAAUAGCUGAAUGUAAUAAAAUUCAACGGAAACAAGUAGAAUAGUGCUUCCAUCUUUCGCGAAAUCGAUCGACCGUUCGAAUGUGCAGCGGAACGACACUGAGAAAAGAACGACGACGGAUUUUCUUCGCAAGGGAGGCGAAAAACAGUUCUGCGAAUGGAUCUUCGCAACGAAAUCGAUUAAACGCUCGGGACGAUGAUGUUUUGCGGUGGAUAACAGCGUGGAGAAGGUUGAAAAAAAAGGUGCGACAUGUACGGGCGUCAAGGCGAUUCGAAUAACACGCAACCACCAUGGUCGGUGCGUGCAGAAGUUACGAUUCGCCAUAGUACACCGGUAACCUCGGAAUCUAGUCAAGUACCUGUAGGUAUAUCUUCGACUGUCACGGAUUCGGGCGGUGUUCGUAUGAUAUAUCGAUGGAAUACUACCAGUCAAUCGUCUCCAUCAACGCCGACAAUUCCAGUCAUCACGACUUCCGGACCAUCCGUAUCUUCUGGCUCGUUUGGCUUUCAGCGAGGAAACAUAUUGUUCACUUCGACACCACCACCAAAAACCGCGCAAGGAUCUUUCACGAUUCCAAGAUCAGGACCGUCUGGAAAUGAUGAGCAUACGCCAUCUAGAGGACGUGGCGCGAACUUCUCGGAUUCAGGCUACAACAGUGAGCGAUUUUCACCUAAUUCGUACUCUAGUUUGCCUGUUCGUCGACCUUCCCAACAAUAUAAUCGUCGAUGCAGGAGCACGUGCAGUAUUGUAUUGUCCGCUGUGGACAGUGCAGAUGGUUCAAAAGGGGAAAACUACAGCAAAAUAACCAGCAAUGAAACUGUCAAACAUUCGUAUGACAAUUCUUGGCGCCAUCCCUCGGCGUAUGUUUUCUCGCGGCAGCAAUUCACCACAGUACCGGAAGUUUGCGAGGACUGCCCGGAAGAUGGCGCUUCCAGUGCACAUGGAACGCAUUUUUGCAGUAGCGUAAAAGAGGAAGUUACAACAAAAUCGACCACGAUCAGCAAAGAUGCAUCUUCGCAAACGACGGAUAUAGAAUCCCGAGAAUUUUCGUCGAUAGUCGCUGAUAAAAACAAAGUGAGAAGGAGAGCUGCUACUGGUCUCCGUUCAUUGGACGAGCAGAAGAAAAAGAAGAAAGUCGAUCGCCAACCACAGCUUCAGAGACCACAAGCAUCGGUCCUUCAGCGGAAUCGGAAAAGUCUGAUUCCUCGACGAAAGAUGACAGUGCGAAGAAGAAAUCACGAACCGUGCAUAUCGACGUGUAUUGCACCGGGUCUGAUGACGACGAGAAUGUCGAUACAUCGAGUGAAAACGAAUGCGAAACUCCUAUGACCGUGUUCGAAAAUCCAGACGUGAAAGUGACGCAUACUCAGGUAGGGAGUAACGUUUUGCCCAGGGGAUUUCAAGAUGACAAGGCUUUUCUGAAACGUGCCACGGAACGACGAUGUGACAGUUUUAAACACGCACCGAUGAGAAUGCCCUCUAUAGCCAGUUCAAAAGGUUACGAUAGUGACGACGUUUUCAGCUCA